CCCACCGCACGCCCUACCUGCGGUUUGAACGCGCCCUGGAGCCCGCGGAUUGGCCGGGCCGCGUCGGGGGGGCGGGCGGACCGUACCACCUGCCGGCGCCCCCCGCGCCCGCCCCGCCCCGCCCCGCAUCCCCGGGCCGCCCCGGGGGAGGAGCCCCGCGCCCCGCCCCGCGCCCGGAGUGGGCGGGCCGCGGCGGGAGCUGGCCGGGCCCCUCGCCUGCGCUCCCAGCCCGGCCGGCCCGGCGAUGCGGCGCUGACCCCGCCAUGGCCCAGCCCCCGGCCCCGGACGAGCCCGCGCCGCCGGCCGACGAGGAGCUGCUGCGCUGGAGCAAGGAGGAGCUGGCGCGGCGGCUGCGGCGCGCCGAGGACGACAAGGUGGGGCUGCUGCGGGAGCACGGCGGCCUGGUGCGGGACGUGAACCGCCGGCUGCAGCAGCACCUGCUGGAGAUCCGCGGCCUGCAGGACGUCAACCGGCGGCUGCAGGACGACAACCGCGAGCUGCGGGAGCUCUGCUGCUUCCUGGACGACGACCGGCAGAAGGGGCGGCGGCUGGCCCGCGAGUGGCAGCGCUUCGGUCGCCACGCGGCGGGCGCGGUGUGGCACGAGGUGGGCCGCGCACAGCAGCGGCUGCGGGAGCUGGAGGCGCGGCAGGAGGCGCUGCUGCGGGAGAACCUGGAGCUUAAGGAGCUGCUGCUGCUGCUGGACGCGGAGCGCGCGGGGCUGGGCGCGGGGCUGGGCGCGGGGCUGGGCGCGGGCUCCCGCAGCUCGCUGGACAGCCAGGCCAGCCUGGCGGGCGGCGGCGCGGGCGCGGGGCCCCGCACGGUGGGCGACGGCAGCAGCACGUCGAGUGCGGGCAGCGGCGGCAGCCCGGACCACCACCCCCCGCCGCCCCCGGUCCCGCACCCCGGCCCCGACGGCAAGGCCGCGGCCACGCACCGCUCCCUGGACGACCUGUCGGCGCCGGCCCACCACCGCAGCAUCCCCAACGGUCUGCACGACCCCUCGUCCUACAUCUGGCAGCUGGAGAGCAAGGUGAGGUUGCUGGGGAGUGACAGGCAGCUGGGCCAGGCUGGAUCCGGAGAGUUCCGCACGCUACGCAAGGGCCUGUCCCCCUACCACUCGGAGUCCCAGCUCUCCGCCCUGCCGCCCUCCUACCAGGAUGUCCAGCAGAACGGCCCAGGCUGCAUGGUUCCUGAGCUGCCCUCGCCCCCCUCCGCCACCUUUAGCUGCGCUGGGCAGAAGCCAGAGGCUGUCGUGCAUGCCAUGAAGGUGCUGGAGGUGCACGAGAAUCUGGACCGGCAGCUCCAGGACAGCUGUGAGGAGGACCUGAGUGAGAAGGAGAAGGCUAUCGUGCGGGAGAUGUGUAAUGUGGUCUGGAGGAAGCUGGGUGACGCAGCCAGCUCCAAGCCCUCCAUCCGCCAGCAUCUAUCCGGGAACCAGUUCAAGGGCCCCUUGUAGGCCCCCCAGAACAUGGCCUGGCCCGGCGGACUGGACGCUCAAGGUCACCCUCCCCGUCUUGUCCCUCCUGGCCUGGCCUGCUCAUCGAGCUUCCUGGAAGUGGGGACGGGGACCCUGGCUGGGACGGAUGCGGCCCCUAGUGCCUGUCCCACUGUGAAGUGUCCACAUGUCCCGGCCCGCUGGACUGGCUGUGCCCGAGGCCUGAUGAGCCACGCCGGGCCUGCCCUCCCCCCGGCUCCCGCAGCCCUUCCCUCCUCUGGGUCCUGGGGAGGAUCAGGACUUCCCCACGAGUGACCACAGACUGGGAAGCACUCUCUCCACAGUGGAACCCCGGCUGUCUGAGGGGAGCUUGGGGAGCCCUCAGGGGAAAGGCCUUGGCACACUCAGGGUGCCAUGCAGGUGCUGCCAGGGCUUGCUGGAAGGAGCCAAGUAUUGGGGAGCCCACUUGCAUGGCCGCCACUGAACUGAAGCAAUAAGUGUGGGCUCGUGGGAGCCGGGGGGCUGCAGGCCGGCCUGGGGGGAGCAGCCUCAAAGUCCCGUCCACAGGGUCCCCUCAAGUCCCCCCGGGAUGGCCGGUCAGCAAGAUGGAACCAUGCCGGUCGUCUCCUAAGCGGUGAAGUGCAGCCAGCAGGGUCUCCGCCCACCCGGGGACACUGGGCAGUGUCCGUCAGAAGUCCUGGGUCACAGGGGACCUCAUCCCAGCAGAGUGGGGACCAGCUUGGGACGAGCCCCCCCACCCCUACCAGCGCCACGCUGGUCCUGUUCCGUUUCAAGCCCUCGGACUCUGCCCGGGCUUCAGUUCCCACUGUGACGACUGUGGUCACCCUCCUGGGCAGGCCUGGAGGCUGCCGUGCCUGGUUCUCUGUAGGGUGACGCAUUUUUAUCCAAAAGUUAUUAGCGAUACACAUCAGUGUUGAAGAGGAAAAAGUGACCUUUCAUUUUUUUUUUUUUCUGGAAGACUUGAGAGGAAACAAAAUACAUACUACUGAUUUCUUUUUUUCUUAAACAAGAUGGUUGCAUGACCUUGGGGUGGGGGGGGGGUGUGUGUGUAGAGCUGUAUAUUUUUUGUAAGGGGGGUUAUUUGUGCUGCUUUCUGGAAACAGCUGGAACGUCUGGGCCCUGCCCCGGCCCGCAGCCCCGCUCUGAGCAGAGAAGCCAGGACCCUGGCCCCGGCCUGUUUCUGCCUUCUGUUGAACCACUUUGAUUUGGGGAGAGAAAAAGAAAAAAAAAAAAUUUUGAUAGUGUGGUCAAAACAUUGAUUUGAACUAUUUUAGUAAAAGGAGCAUCAGAGAAGAUCGCAAUAGUGUCUACUUUGCGCUAGAUAAAUAAAAGGUUCUUUGCAAGCCUG